CCUUUACCAUACAGCGAUUAUGUGAACUUCUGACAGAUCCCAAGAAGCACUAUAAACGCACAGAUAAAUUUCUUCGUGGUAUUGAAAAGAAUGUUUUAGUGAUAAGUACAGUUGAUCCAUUUGGAAAUAAGAUAGUGUGUGAGUCCCGAGCUAACCUCGUGAAUGGACUAGAAGAGUCCCCUGUUAACGGGAACGAAGCUGACUCCCCCACAACCACCACCGACCUCACCCCCGUACAGUAUUCCAGCUUCCCCUCCCAGCAACAGACAAACUGGACAACAGACAGCUGGGCGGGGGUGGGGCCCAGUCAGGGGGGACCCGAUCAGACGACCUCCUCCUCUGACACUGGGCCCCUCUCUAGUACCCCUGAUCAGACGGCGUCAUCCUCUGACUCUGCACUCCUCUCUGGUACCCCGCAUCUAACCUCAGACCAGACUGACAAUCCGUCAGACGGCUCUGUCCCCGAGUCAUGGUCAGGCCAGGCCAUGUCUGACCGAGAGAAACCUGUGUGUGAGAGAGAUGAAGUGUCAUGUGAAUCUGAAGAUACCUCACCUGCCAAGAAGCCAAAAGUCUCAGGUGAGGACUCGUCAGUAGAACCAUCAAUAUCGCAAGAUACUAACAAACAAACAGACACCACACUUAAUACAGACCAAUCCAGAGAGCAGUCAGAGGUCCCGUCAUCAGAGGUCGUGACCUCAGAAGAGUCAAAGGUCGCACAAAGGUCAGAGGUGAACAGUGAGGAAGAGACCUCUAAGAGUUUACCUGAGGAGAAACUGAUUUCAGACCAGGAACAGGCAGAUCUCGAUAAAGGUUCACCUGAGUCAUCUCAAGAGCAGAGAGAUCUCGGUAAAAGUUCACUUGAGAGAGAUGACAGUAAGGACUCGCCCGAGUCGUCUCAGCAUGGUGAGUCCGUCAACAGUGAUAAUCAGUUACCUCAGACAGCCUCUACUUCUAUAAAAGACACAUCAGAAAAUGGACAGGACCAAAGUCAAUCUCCAGAAAAAAGCUCAGAGAGUACACAAAACAGUUCAGAGGACAGUGUGGAGCCUGAAAGUUCUGAGGAAACGUCUACGCAAUCAAAUGAGUUGCCCGCUGAGGAGAGUGUGUCUAGUUCCCAGGAAGAACGCAUGAGCUGUGACAGUGAGACAGAAAAUGUGGAUACCACGACCCCCAGUGCUGAUAAUGACAACCCAGUCACCACCCCCACACAGGAGCAGACAUCAACAGAAGGGGAAACCCCCAUGGAAGAGGACUGAAUGGUUGUAAAUGGUUCAUUAUUACAGGAUUUUGUCACCCCUCCACAUGAUUCACCGCUGACGUCAAACGAAGACAGUCCUCAUCAUCUGAAGCCAUUUGUAAAAUAUGUGUUUACAUCAUCAGUGUUGCAUAGUAGUAUAUUUUGCUUUGUUUGGAGAAAAUUCAUUCUAAAAUUGACACAGAUCCCAUCGUCAUUGUAGUAAAGGGUACAAGUAUCUGUGAUUUAUGCACACUUAAAAGAGAUUUUUUUUAUCAUUCAAAUGAGAAAUCAAUGUUCCCACUUUUGAAUUAUUUCUAUUUUCUAAUUAUAAACAGGAUGAUGCCAUCAUUAUAUAAGCCAGAUUUAAGCGAUUUUAAACAUUUUUUUUUUAAAUUUUUGAUAUAUGUUGGUGCAUUUGCUGUGAAUACAGUUAUAAGUGAUCUCAAAAUUCCAACUUAAAAGGAAAUUAUCGUUCAUUAAACACUUUUCAUUCACCCAAUUCUAAGGUAGCUUUAGGUUACACCGAAAUCACCUCUUUUAUGAUGUUGGUCAUGGAGUAAUCAUGAAAAUGGAAAUUAUAUUUAACGACAAAAUGUAGCAACUUGUGUCUAUUUCCUUGCUCAGAACUCAAAAAACUGUACAUCAAUGUAUUCGGGAGGCUCAACACCAUUGGGAAAUACUUUUUGGACGUGAAGAACAUAUUUUCAUAUGAAGGAGUAAAUAUCCUACCUGACAUUACUUAUUUUUCCUUAAAAAAAAGAUAUAACACCUACUUGAAAAUGUGUAUUAGCCUAUUAGGUAGGGGUACGUAUUUUUCAUUAAAAUAAUUAAUGUCAGGUGCACAUGGGUUCAUUUUCAAAGUAAGGUAAAUGUACUUACCAGGCUUUUUUCCCAGUAAAAUAUUCAAAUACAGAUCACUCUUACUGCAAUGAAAUGUUGUGAUUAAAAAAAGAAAAACCUAAAUAAAAAUUAUCCUGCACACUCUUUUACAUUAAGAAUUUUCCUAAAUUACCAGAAAUGUCCUAUAAAAAAGAAUUCCAAACUUGAAAUUGGAAAAUAGCAAAUAAAUUUCUUAGAAGUAAUCAAAAUGGAUAUUUCAUUUAAUUUGUACGAUGAUGUACAUUUGUAACUUAUUUUCUUUAAACAUGUACAAGUUGGGGAUAUAAUUUCUGUCUUCAUACCUCAACAGAGAGAUCAGAUUACAACUUACCCUAAUUAAUAUCUGAUGUGUGCUAUUUUCAUAUGCCAUUCAUAUUAGUGAUAUUAUGCUUUUUGGUGAUAAUUUGCAAUGAAUUGUCAGUAUGUUCUUGUUUGAAAAAGAAUCCUUGCUAUAAGAUUCUAAGUGCUAUAAAAUUCAGGGUUUCUGUAAACAUGCUAGUAGUACAUAUGUUCUGUACAAGUCUCUUAUUGUGUACUAUGAUCAAUAAGGAAGAGGUCCCUUCAUAUUUCAGUCUUUCACGAUCAGAGUGGACUUUAUUUAAAAUGUUUACAGUGAGUGUUCAUUCACACCAUUAAUUUUCCAUUCGAGCAAUUUAAAACAUUGUUUUCGAACACUUAUCAACUUCAAAAUUAGACUCUAUAACAAAGAAAAAUAUUUUUUAUUCUGAUUCUAGUUUUUAAUACAAGUCAAAAUUAAUUUU